AAUGUUUUCAAAUAAACGAAACAGAAAGUUGAAGAUUUUCGAGUAAAAACUAAAAAUAAAUUUUUCUCUGUUCGUUUGAAGAAAUUAGACCGAAUCAAAAAGGUCGGUAUCAUGGCAGACCUAGAUUGGGGAGCUGCUGUUGACACUCAGGAACAAACACUGACAAGUCAGACCACAGGAACUGGAGAACAAUCCAUAAACUGGGCAGAAGAAGUUGAGAAAAGUAACUUAACGGAAGAGAUAAAUAGAAUAGCAAUUGACAAAAACAGAUCCCCUUCCAAAUCUCCCAGUGCACCCUCACAAAAUGCCCCCACCCAGACAAGUCACCCCCCAGCCCACCAAGGGGCUGGGGCAAUGGCUGCUGCCCCUCCCCCAGCUCAGGUGGGAGCAGGGGCAUCCGGAGAUGAAGAUGAAAAUGCUGCCACCAAAGAAGAUUCAGCCCUCCUCAGGAAGCUGAUCCACUCAAAGCUUGUGUCAACAAAGGCAGAUUUAGAAGUUCUGCAGAAAGAUCCCAAUUCUCCACUCUACUCUGUUAAAUCAUUUGAAGCACUAAAUCUAAAGAAGGAGUUAUUGGAUGGAAUCUACAGCAUGGGAUACAACACACCAUCAAAGAUCCAGGAGACUGCCCUACCAGUCCUGCUGGCUGACCCCCCUGUAAACAUGAUUGCUCAGAGCCAGAGUGGGACAGGGAAGACAGCAGCCUUUGUGUUGACCAUGUUGAGUCGAGUCGACACCAACCAGCCCUACCCGCAGUGCCUCUGUAUUGCUCCUACAUACGAGCUAGCUUUGCAAAUAGGAAAAAAUGUAGAAGAUAUGGGAAAGUUCAUGAAAGACCUGCAGAUCAUCUAUGCAGUCAGAGGAGAGCGACUGGACAGAGGAACAAAACUAAAUGGCCAUUUAAUCAUAGGAACCCCUGGGACAGUUUGUGACUGGGCCCUAAAGUUACGGUUCUUUGACCUCAAAAAGAUCAAUGUAUUUGUGUUGGAUGAAGCUGAUGUGAUGAUUGCUACACAGGGCCAUCAGGAUCAGUCCAUCAGGAUUCAGAGGGGUCUACGAAAGGACUGUCAGAUGUUGUUGUUUUCUGCCACGUACGAGGAGGAAGUCAUGAGAUUUGCACAAGCUGUGAUACCCAACAACCCGAUCGUCAUACGUCUACGGCGAGAGGAACAAUCCCUGGACAACAUCAAACAGUACUUCAUCGAGUGUGCGGAUGCAGAGGGAAAGUUCCAGGCCCUCUCCAACAUCUAUGGAUCCAUAUCAAUAGGACAGUCCAUGAUAUUUUGUGCAACUAGACGAACAGCUGCUUGGCUGGCAGAGAAGAUGACAAAGGAAGGUCACGCAGUUGGGCUCCUGAGUGGAGAUCUGUCCAUAGAACAGAGGGCUGCCAUCAUUAACAGAUUUAAAGAUGCCAAGGAGAAAGUUCUCAUCACCACCAAUGUGACAGCCAGAGGUAUUGAUGUGGAACAGGUCACAGUUGUUGUGAACUUUGACCUUCCCCUGACCCAAGACCACAAACCAGACUUUGAGACGUACCUUCAUAGAAUAGGAAGAACCGGGCGUUUUGGCAAGAAGGGCUUAGCAAUUAACAUGGUGGAUAGUCGCCAGUCUUUUGCUACAUUGAAAGCCAUCGAGAAAUAUUUUGGUCGUAAAGUAGAGAAGCUAGACGCUGAAGAUAUGGAAGAAGUGGAGAAAAUUGGAAGUUAAUCUCAAACAGUUGAAGCUUGGCAUCUGGACAUUAUCACUUUCGCUCUUACAUCAGUCUCAUGCAGUGGCAGAUAGAAUCCAUUUUAUGAAGUCAAACAAUCAUGAUGAAAAUUACCUUUAAUGUAAAAGCUUGGAAUAUGUGAACACUAAGGAUUCUGUUUCUUUGGUGGAUUGAAAUUACAGUGAAUGAACUUUUUUUGAAAAGACUUAUUUUACUUCCAUAUGUUAUCAUAAUAUGAUUGUAAAAAUGCCAGCCAUUUUAUUUCAUGUAAGAAAGAAAUCUUGUCAGAAGAAUGUUAGCAAGUGGCACUGGGCCAAGUUUUAAAUCAGAAGGUACUUCACUUUUAUGUAUGGCCCUGUUUUUGUAGUUUUAUGAUGUUGUUACCAUGUAUGUAAAACUUAUCAAAUUAAAGCUUUUUAUUAUUAUAA